AUGUUCUUUGAUGGAUCUGCACGUCGUAACAGUACCGGGGCAGGUGUUGUGUUGAUCUCUCCAGAAAGACAAGUCUUGCCAUUCUCUUUUGUUGUAGAUGAAACAUGCUCCAACAAAGCCGCAGAGUACCAAGCUUUGAUCGUCGGUCUCGAAAUGGCAUUAGAAAUGAAGAUUCUACAGUUGGAGAUCCACGGCGACUCUAAGCUGAUUAUCAACCAACUUUUGGGGAGUUACGAGGUAAAGAAGGAAGAUCUAUUGCCAUACCAUCAAUACGCUUCUGGUUUACUUGAAAAAUUCGACCAAGUGUUCUUAAGCCACGUCCCAAGAGAAGAAAAUCGCAAGGCUGAUGCUUUGGCUAACUUGGCCACGACGAUGGCACUUGGAGAGAAUGAACUUCUGGAUCUUCAAAUCUACGAAAGCCAUCAUACGUCUGUUCGAGUGAUUGAAGAAGAAGAUUGGAGGCAACCACUGAUAGAGAACCUUGAACAUGGAAAUUUACCUGAAGAUCCGCGACAAAGAACAGACAUCAAACGAAGAGCACCACGAUUCAUCUUCUAUAAGGGGACAUUGUUUUGCCGCUCUUUUGAAGGACUAUUCUUGCGAUUUCUUGACAAAGAAGAAGCCCGCCAAGCGAUGGAGGAAGCACAUUCUGGCUCAUGUGGAGCACACCAAUCUGGUCCCAAGCUCCAUUUUCGCAUCAAGAGGAUGGGCUACUACUGGGCGACAAUGGUGAAGGAUUGCAUGGAUCAUGCCAAAAGAUGCCAAGCGUGUCAAUUUCAUGCCAACUACAUCCACCAACCUCCAGAGCCUCUUCACCCAACUGUAGCUUCAUGGCCUUUUGAUGCAUGGGGACUUGAUGUUGUUGGACCACUUCCAAAGUCGUCAAAGGGACAGAUGUACAUAUUGGCCUCUACGGACUACUUCUCUAAAUGGGCUGAAGCUGUUCCACUCAAGGAGAAAGUUGUUGCAAAGAACAAGAGAGACUGGCAUGAGAAAAUUGGUGAAGCUUUGUGGGCAUACCAGACAACCUUCAGAACUGCUACACAAGCAACUCCUUACUCUUUGGUGUAUGGCGUAAAAGCAGUCCUUCCGUUGGAGCAACAAAUUCCAUCAUUGCGGAUCGAAAUCCAAGAAGAGCUCACAUUCGAAGAGAAUGCUCAACUUCGCCUGGCAGAGUUAGAGGCCUCGGAUGAGAAAAGACUAGUAACGAAACAAAAAUUGGAGUGCUAUCAAGCUCGACUAGCUAGAGCCUUCAACAAGAAAGUGCGACCACGAUCAUUCUAA